AAACGAUAAUGUAAUCGACAUUUAAAAAAAUCUGAAUGGUUUAUAUCACAAAAUUCUCGUAGUCUGCAUUUGACCGUUUUGUACAGCCUCCAUGUACUGCUCGUAUCUCCACGUCCUAGAUCACUGCAACCGAAAAACAUAAAAGACCGUUUUUUCCUCCUUAUCUUCCUACAAUCUUUUUUUUUCUUUUGUUUUUUCUUUUCCAUGAUCUUUAUCCUUAGAGCCAUUGUUGUUUUUUUUUUUUAAUUUUGAUUGCUUUUCCUGCUUAGUUUCUUCUGCUUACUUUUGAGAAUUAUUAUAUUUUUUCUUUAUAGCAAAUUUCAAAUACAGAAUGCUUCAAGCAUAAGGGUUGGUAUAGAAAAUUUGAGUUCUUUCUUAUACAAAGUGUUUUUAGCUUUUGGUGUUCUUUCAAGCUGAUUAAUGGUGUUUUUGACCUUUGGGUUUGUUUGUUGAGUGGAGAAAAUCUUAGAGAGUGAUUAUACCUGAAAUUUUUGAACUUUUAAGGGCUCAGUUGUUCUGGUUAUUUUGAUGCCAUUUUCCAUGGUUUUUGUUAGAGUUUAGAUUUUAAGGUUGUUAAGAGCAAAAGCAUAAUACAUACCCAAGUUCGAUUGUCAAUCUCAUAGAAGCAAAUUCGAUUUUUCAAAUUUUCUCGCUUGGUUUUCUGAUUGGGACGCCAUAUCUGGGUACUGGGUUUUUGUUUUCCAUAUGAAGUCAGGAUUUAAAAAUAUUUUUGUUUUUAUUUUGUUUUAAUCUCUUCUUUACGAUUAAUUUAAUUGUCAUCAUCUGUGUGUAAAUGGGACAAAAUUUGUUAUAGAUUUUAACCUUGAAAUUUAGGUAGGUGUCGGAAGGUUUCUUUAGCGGUUGCCAGAUGUUCCACCAUUCUAGUUUCUGUAUUUGUGUUUUGGGGUUUCCAUAAAUAUUUUUUAGGUAGGCAUUGGCAUUUGGGGUUAUUUAGAGCUGUGAAUUUUCUGGAUCUGAGGGCUAAAUGAGAGAGAUUUAGAUACCAAUCUGGUAGUUGUGCUCUUGGUUUUUGGUCAGGAGGUCUUUUUAUCACAAAAAUACAGGUUUUUUUUUUUUUUUUUUUUUUUUUUUUUUUUUUUUUGAAUUUAGAUUUUCAACUGCCAAAUGUGACUUGGUGGUCCAUUUAAUCGCCAUCAAUAUUUGGUAAUUUUGGGUGUCGGAGAGAGUUUUGAUUUUAGAUUGAAAAAGCCUUGAGCGUUUAGUAAGACAACAGAGAGUGUAGAGAAGCAGAAUUUUCAAUUUUCUGCCUGUUUUUUUGAAAUGGGGCAUUCGGCGGCGAUAUGGGAUUAUAGGGCGGCAACUGAGAUUUCAAAGGACUGGAAUGGGAUCGAUCAAGUGGUGCUUCGAAGCCCACAAGGGGCUUCAGUAAAGGUUAGCUUGCAUGGAGGACAGGUCACUUCUUGGAGGAACGAACAGGGGGAAGAACUCCUUUUCACUAGUAGUAAGGCUAUUUUCAAGCCCCCAAAAGCAAUGCGAGGAGGAAUACCCAUCUGUUUUCCACAGUUUGGGAACUGUGGCUCACUAGAACAGCAUGGGUUUGCCAGAAACAAGAUUUGGAUGAUCGAUGAUAAUCCUCCACCUCUAAACCCCAAUGAUUCUAAUGGGAAAUCCUUCAUUGAUCUGCUCCUUAAACCAUCUGAAGAUGACCUGAAAUGCUGGCCCCAUAGUUUUGAGUUUCGCCUUAGGGUGUCUCUCUCAACAGAUGGAGAUCUGACCCUGAUAUCGAGGAUUAGGAAUGUCAAUGGCAAGCCUUUUACUUUCUCAUUUGCUUAUCACACUUAUUUAUUGGUUUCUGAUAUAAGUGAAGUGAGAAUAGAAGGUUUGGAGACACUAGACUAUUUAGACAACCUUUGCCAAAGAGAACGUUUUACAGAACAAGGAGAUGCAAUUACGUUUGAAUCUGAGGUGGAUAGGGUUUAUCUUAGUUCACCAAAUGCAAUUGCGAUCCUUGAUCAUGAAAAGAAAAGGACAUAUGUGAUAAGGAAGGAUGGCCUACCAGAUACCGUGGUGUGGAACCCAUGGGAGAAGAAAUCAAAAUCAAUGGUGGAUUUUGGGGACGAGGAAUACAAACAGAUGCUAUGUGUAGAUGGAGCAGCAAUAGAGAAACCUAUAAGCUUGAAACCAGGGGAGGAAUGGACAGGAAGAUUGCAGCUUUCUGUUGUGCCUUCAAGUUUCUGCAGUGAGAAUCUUGGUCUGUAGAUUUUUAGAGGAGAUGUUAGUUGUUGUGGGAAGUUAUUCCAAACGUAGUACCAGUACUUUGUUAGUUGACAAAAUCUUAGGUGUUCUUAAACGGAACCUUGAGAAUCCUGAAAAUUGUAAUGGAAUUAUUAGUCUAAGCCGUUCCUUUUUUUUUUCUGUUUUUUUUUUUGAAAUAGAGAAUGGCUCUUCAGUUUUAUUAUUA